CGGCCCUUCUGUCCCGUGUGUGACAUCCAGCCGGCACCGGCCGUUUCCACACGGGGCUGGGAGCGCAGCGCGGCUCGUGUAGCAUCGUGCAAGGAGCACGGGAAGGGCGGGGACACGGCUGGGGGCUGGAGCCGAGCCAGGGGUGGAUGCGUCCCCGAGCCCGUGCCCCGACCAAAGUCACCUGGAUUUUAUGAGCGGUGGAACCGCAGAUAAGUGGCUUUGGAGUCUUCUGUUCUUCCAGGAGAGGAGUUUGGGUUUGGGGGAAUUUUCCAUGGAGAAAACCACAGCGAUCCAGAGCUGUGAUCCUGUGACAGCACCGUGUUCUGCUUCUGCGACAUCCCUGGUCCACGGCUCGUGGUGGUGGGGACCCUCAGCACACAGGCAAUGGGACAUUUCAGGAUGCUGUGUCCUCAUGCGCCCACGGGAUCCACCCCCACAGAUGCUCCCUAUGGGGCUGACCACGUCCCCCAGGCAGACACUGUCCCAUAGUAGGAGUCCCCGUGCCAUGGGGCAGCCCCCAAAGCUGCACCCCUCAGUGUUCCACCCAGCCAGGCUGCCCACUCUGCCCUCCAGUUUGCAGAGAAACUGAAGCUCCAGGCGCUCGGAUGCCCACAGCCACACACAGCCCUGUCCCGUUCCACGCAGUCACUGCGGUCGUCGUCCCCCCCCGGUGGGGAACGGGUUAAGGGGCCCGGCAGGCUCGAGCCCCCCUCCCUGGCUCCCCGAGGGCUCAUUAUCCAUGGCCUCAGCCCCCCUGCCCGGGGGAUGAAUAAUGCAGCGCGCUGGUAGGAGCCGUGUCCUCCCUCCCUCUCCUUCCUCCUCCUCCUCCUCCUCCUCGCGGCUCUGCCUUCCCCACCUCCCGCCGCUCAGUCCUCACCGUGCUCAGCCCGGGCGCUGCCGAACUCCGUGUGGCACCGGGCAGCAGCGCAGACCCUGCAGCCAUGGACCCCAAGGACCGCAAAAAGAUCCAAUUCUCGGUGCCGGCACCCCCCAGCCAGCUGGACCCCCGCGCCGUGGAGAUGAUCCGCCGGCGGAGGCCCACGCCUGCCAUGCUGUUCCAGCUCUCCGAGCACUCAUCCCCAGAUGUAGAGGACGAGUCCCUGCCCUACCAGCGAGCCUCCGGCGAGGGCUGCCUGCUGAAACCAAAGAGGACCAACCCGUGUGCCUACACACCACCCUCGCUCAAAGCGGUGCAGCGCAUCGUGCAGUCCCACCUGGAGAGCGGCCUGGCUGGAGGGGACAGCUCUGAUGGAGAGCCCGAUGACGGGGACCCUGAGCUGACCCGCACCUGCGACCCAGACAGCGCCCUCGAGCCUGCCCUGGGGAGCCAGGCCAGAGCCGAGCGGAGCGUCUUCCCUGCCACCAAGGCACACAAGAGGAAAGGGGGGCAGAAGGUGUCCUUUGCGGGAGGCAUCGCUGAGCGCAGCGAGGACCUGAAGGCGCUGACGGUGUCCGACAUCCCUGAAGACCCUGAGGACCCCGAGGGGGGCGAAGGCGACGAGGAGGAGCCGGAGGACGGCAGCGAGCACAGCGAGGAGCGGCGGCACGUGGGCCUGGCAGGCACGGAGCGCCGCCGUUCCCCAGUCCCGCUGGGCAACAGCUAGCCGGACCGCGGCCCGGCCGGGACCCCCACGGCCUGCCCCGCAUCACCGCAGCUUCGCUCGCAGCCCCCGGCCCCGCUCGGAGCCUGCGCUUCGCGCGUGCCCCCGCAUGGCUCCCGGCCCGGUUGGCGGGACCGCGGCCCCACACCGCUUCCACACCGUGGGGGCCGGCGGUGAGGCUGGGGUCCCAAGGCCGCGGCCCGCCCCGUGCCCCCUGCAUGCAGCAACGCCCGAGCUGCGCCCCAAUAAACGGCUGUACAGAGCGGUGUGCCCGUGCUCGGGGGGCAGCGGGGAGCUGAGGGGCGGCUGAGGGCGGGAACCGUGAGACAGCGCCGC